AUGUCUAUCAUAUAUGCCAUGUACUUCUCUGGUAAAGAGAGUAAUGCUAUCAGCAUUGAUGAUCCAAAUGUAACAGUAUACUGUAGGGUUCAGAAUUUCAAUGAAAAAAAACAUAAGAGUCUUUUUGGAUACUCACCUAUUAAGAAUUCGAAAUUAUGGAGGUCAGGAAAAUAA